AUGAUGUGGAUGAUUAUUUUUCUUCUACCAAUUUUAAUACGAUGUCAAAAUACAGAUGAUUUAGUUGAUAAACUUCGUCAUUUCGAAUCAUUUAUUGAACUUCAAGGAGGAUAUUUUGAAAUGGGUAUAAACGAUGUCAAUGGAAUUAAUAUGGAAUAUCCGGCUAAAAAAGCAUAUGUUCAACCAUUUAGAAUUUAUCAAUAUCCGGUAACUGUUGCCGCUUUUCGUCGAUAUACUCAAGAUAAGACACGUUAUCGAACUCAAGCAGAGGUUAAUGGGUUCAGUUUUGUUUUUGAAAAUUCAACUAAUAAAGCUAUUGUUAAUAUUGCUACUGAGGACGAAGGUUUUGUUGCUAUUCAAAAUAUUCGAUGGAAUCGACCUGAAGGUGAAAUAACUGAUAUAAAUGAUCGUUUAUCUUAUCCAGUAGUUCAUGUAUCACGGAAUGAUGCUCAAGCAUAUUGUACUUGGAAAGGUAUGAGACUUCCAACAGAAAUUGAAUGGGAAUAUGCAGCACGUGGCGGACUUUAUUUAACAACUUAUCCAUGGGGUGAUUCUUGGGAAUUAAAACGAGCUAAUCUAUGGCAAGGAAAAUUUCCAUAUGAAAAUCAAUUAAGAGAUGGAUUUUAUCGUCUAUCAUCAGUUGAUGCUUUUCCUGCACAAAAUAAUUAUGAAAUUUAUGAUAUGCUUGGAAAUACUUGGGAAUGGACAAUGACUAAAUAUCAAGAUGAUAAUAGUGAAAAUGCUAUUUCUGAAAAAUAUACAGUUAAAGGUGGUUCAUUUGUUGAUACACGUGAUGGUGAUACUAAAACUGAUCAUAUUCAAGUUAGAACAAGUGCAAGAAAAGGUUUUCCUCCUAAUUAUACUGCAGAAAAUUUGUCAUUUCGUUGUGCACAAUCAAUGAAUGACGAGACAGAAUUCGAUAAUGAUUAUCGUGUUGUUCGUCUUCGUCCACCAAUUCGUCAUACUUCGGAUGUAUCUCAUAAAUAUAAAAAUGAUGAUAAAGAUGAACUUUAA